CUUCAGUUGUGUUGUGGUGCUUCAGCUGGAAAUAUGGAAAUAAAUUGGAGUAAUGUCGUCUUUAUAGAAUCCGAAAGACGCCUCAUCCUCUCUGAACUGGAACUCCAUGAAAUACCAGAUCCAAUUAUAAAUUUAUAUCACAACCGAGUAAAUCAGUUGGAUAUUAGUUUCAACAAGUUAACUUCUAUCUCGGGAAUUUCUCUAUUCACAUCAAUGGAGGAACUGAUCUUGGACAACAAUCAACUUGGAGACAUUACUUUCACAAGAAAUUCCAAUCUUAAACUUUUAUCACUAAACAAUAAUAUGAUAAGAAAUCUGGAUUACCUCCUAGAGAAUAUUGAGAAGAGUUUUCCACGCUUGGAUUACUUGAGCCUACUUGGAAAUCCAUGUUGCCCAUUUCCCAUAUACACUGGCUCAAUUGACGAGAAGAAAUAUCAAAAAUAUAGAGAAAAAGUUCUUCAUUGCUUGCCGAAACUACAAUUUCUGGACUCAACACCCGUGAGUUUGUCUGAGAGGAUGAAGCUCUUGGAGAAAUUGCCACCAAUAUAUCCAGCUGAAUGUGACAGAAGUGUUGAGAAAUUCACACAAAUAUCUGGUUUAGUACGAAAGACUUUUUCUAGUAUUCAUCAAGGUCGUUUUGGGAAAAAUAGGCCAACAACUUACAAUCCCUUACCGCCAACAGUGCGCGUUGGCCAGCACCGGGGGGCUUAUGUUAAAUGUAAAUUCAAGUAUGUGGGAGCACACUCGGAAGGGAAUCGAUUUAUUUUGAAUAAAGACCUCUAAACUGA